CCCACAUACUAUCAGUGCAGACCGUUAUCCACCUGCAAAUAAUGCGUUCAUGGAAUGUGCACAUUCCUCUCUGACGUCAUACUGGAUCGAACAGAACAAUCUACGCGCGAGACACGCUGACUUGACACUGCUAUUCCGUUAGGAUGUACAAGAGUAGGUUGGAAAAUUUCCUCGCGACAGCGCAACACGUACGCUUCGAAGCGUCACGUGCUGAAUGUCCCACAGAAGCCGUCCCGCGGAAGCGCAAGUGAACAACAGGUGGAUUCCGAGGCCGAUCUAGACCUGGAAGUAGCCGUACUUCACCAUUGCUCCCUCACUCUCCGCCACCAAGAGUAACCAUAGCAAAAGCACUCUCGCCGUAACAUUCACCGUACCGGAAAGAAACGGAAUGAACAACGCGCUCGGGAUAUGGAUGAUUUCAGUGGACAAAAGGCGAACCUUGACAGUGACGUGACACUGAGGACAUUAGGGACAAUAUCACACAGUUCAUUCGGAAUUAUGUCACUUUGCAUCUGAUAUCAUGCUCAUCUUUUAAUGAACAGAGUCUGUGUUUUUCUGUCGCGAGAGUGUUUGUUGACUUUUUUAUAAUGCCUGUAAGUAACGGCUCGAUGAUGGAUUUACCUUCCGAAUAUGUGAAAAUAAAGGCGCAUUACGCAGGGGACAUGCUUAUCUCUGACCUGGACUCGUCUAUGACGUACACAGAGCUGUGUGAGGAGGUGAGAGAGAUGUGCAGCGUCUGCAGAGAGCUUCCAAUAACACUCAAAUGGAUCGAUGAUGAAGGGGAUCCGUGUACUAUCUCUUCUCAGAUGGAGCUGGAGGAAGCAUUCCGGAUCUACAGCCGGAACAGGCGAUCCGGACUCUUCCUGCAUGUAUUCCCAAGCAUUCCUGAAAAGCCUGGUAUGCCAUGCCCAGGAGAGGACAAAUCGAUCUACCGCCGUGGAGCUAGACGAUGGAGGAAGCUGUACCGGGUGAACGGGCACCUCUUCCAGGCCAAACGCUUUAACAGGAAAGCAUACUGUGGCCACUGCAGUGAGAGGAUAUGGGGACUGGGGCGUCAGGGCUACAAGUGUAUCAACUGCAAGCUACUGGUCCAUAAACGCUGUCACAAGCUUGUUCCAAUGACCUGUCAAAGGCAUAUGGAUCCAGUCAUGCCAUCACAGGAGCCGUUGGUAGAUGAUGAUAAAAGUGGCGAGGAAGUGGAGCUCCCCCCUGAGGACCCUGAGGAAACAGACACAAUUCCAGUACCUUUUUUAACGCACAACCGCAAAGUGGAGAAAGCUGAAGAUGAUGCAGAGGAUCUGAAGGCAGUGGUGGACGGUAUCGAGGGGAUUCAGAUCUCUCAGGGUCUUGGGCUGGGAGACUUUGAUCUGAUCCGGGUAAUUGGGAGGGGUAGUUACGCUAAGGUGCUGCUGGUUCGACUCAAGAAGAACGAACAGAUUUAUGCCAUGAAGGUGGUGAAGAAAGAACUGGUGCAUGAUGAUGAGGACAUUGACUGGGUCCAGACAGAGAAGCAUGUGUUUGAACAAGCAUCAACCAAUCCGUUCUUAGUAGGACUUCACUCCUGUUUUCAGACGGAGAGCCGGCUGUUUCUUGUGAUUGAGUAUGUGAAUGGAGGAGAUCUCAUGUUCCAUAUGCAGAGGCAGCGAAAGCUUCCAGAGGAACAUGCCAGAUUUUAUGCUGCUGAAAUCUGCAUCGCUCUUAAUUUUCUGCAUGAGAAGAGCAUUAUUUACCGGGAUUUAAAACUGGACAAUGUACUGUUGGACCAGGAUGGCCAUAUCAAAAUUACAGACUAUGGCAUGUGCAAGGAGGGAAUCAGGCCGGGUGACACCACCAGCACAUUCUGUGGGACACCCAACUACAUCGCCCCUGAGAUCCUGAGGGGAGAGGAUUAUGGGUUCAGUGUAGACUGGUGGGCCCUGGGUGUGCUUAUGUUCGAAAUGAUGGCAGGCCGAUCUCCCUUCGACAUCAUCACUGACAAUCCAGAUAUGAACACAGAGGAAUAUCUCUUCCAGGUCAUUUUGGAGAAGCCGAUACGGAUUCCCAGGUCAUUGUCUGUUAAGGCAGCGAGUGUACUGAAAGGUUUUUUGAACAAGGACCCGAAAGAGAGACUGGGGUGCCAAGUUCAGACCGGAUUCACAGACAUCAAGUCUCACACAUUCUUCAGAAGCAUAGACUGGGACCAGCUGGAACAAAAGCAGGUGACACCACCAUUCAAACCUCAGAUCACAGACGACUAUGGUUUAGACAAUUUCGACACACAGUUCACCAAUGAACCGGUGCAGCUCACACCAGACGACGAGGACGUGAUAAAGAGAAUAGACCAGUCUGAGUUUGAGGGAUUUGAGUAUAUUAACCCUCUGCUGCUCUCCACUGAAGAAACUGUAUGAGGGAAGAACAACACAGCCGAUAUUUUUCCGCCUGUGACUCCACAAGACUACUGCAGCUGAGUUAUUCUCAGACUGUGUUCACAGAGAAGACAGCAGGAUGCCCAUCUUUUUCUGUGUUAAAGACAAAAAGUAACACUAAGACUUUCUGACCCUCCCCACGUAAUUUUGGGGUUACACUGGAAGAAUAAACAACUGGAGAUGAAAAUUUUGCAGAAAACAAACUCUACACUAUUCCCAAAAUUUCAGCCGUUUAUUGUCUUCCUUCUUCCCAGCGUCCUCUUUGAUUUUGAUGCCCUUGUUUGUGUGCGCGCACUGUUGCCUGGGACUCAAGUAAGCUCCAUCAUUGUGCCUGCGUCCAUAAGAGACUACAUUCCCCAUCAUCCCUCGCUAAAUAUGAAAGUUUUAACUUUAUGUGCACUUUUAUUUUCUGUUAAACUUUCUCAGUUUUGAUUCUUUUUAAUCUUGUAUGAGGUGCGACCUCAAGCAAAACAAGAAUGUACAAUGUUGAAAGGUUAAAAAAAAAGAUAAAACUUGUAAUAUAGUGUAGGUAGCCAAUCAAAGAAUUUAUGAUGCCUUCUAUGAUGCAAAGUGGCACAUUUUAAUUUAUGACCGUGAUGGUUUCAUCCACAGUGGGUAGCUGUGCUUUAAACAACUAUUAUGCUUUUAACUGUACUUGUUUUUACUGAGUAAAUGGGAGACAACAUGUGUUUUUGAAGAAGUGCCUCAAAGAUCCAAAAUUCACUAUGCUUGGAGUUAUUUUUCCAAUGCAUCAUUCAAUACGAAUGUGGGCCGCAGGUGUGAUUUUUGCAUAACACAAACACACUGAUACAAAUGUUGUCCAAAAUUUAGUACCACAGACAUGAAGGUCAGACACUGAAUGAUCUCAAAGCCCAAAUACAUAAAACAGUUUAGUUUAUUACAAUCGCACACUAAAUUACACAAAUGGCUGUUACUCAGUGUUGUUGUAAUCAUGUCGAUAACUAUCAUGUGAUCUGUCAAUAGCGUGCUGUUGAGCCUUUGUACAUCAUGUUGUCACCGUCAUGUGGUGGUAAACUUGUGCAACAGAAUCUCAAAAAAUGCAACAGAAUGUCACAUGACCUGAAUACAGGAAGUCUACACAAUCCAAAUGCUAAAUUAAAUGCUAAAUUCAAUUCAAUCCAAGCAGAAAAAUAACUACUUAAUGAAUACAGUAAAGUAUACACUGUGUUCUGCAUUCUAUUUUUUUUAAAUAGUAAGUGAAAUAGUAGGCAUUAUUUUAUGAUAAAUAUUUCAAACCAAAGUAAUUUGGUUUGCAUUGUGACAUGACCUCAUCACGUUGCAUACUAGUGGCAUCCAGUUACCUUCAUGCAAAUAAUAUGCAAGGCAUUGGAAAUAUUGUGAAUUUUUUAUUCAGUUUUGUUUAAAACUGCCUUAACUUUUGGCAGUUUGAUCAAGUAAUGAGUGAAAACAGAAAUCACAGCUGUAAUUACUUUCGGUUCAUUCAUCACACUGGAAAUGGAAUGUCAAGUUGAGCUCAUUGUGUUGUGAAAUAUGGUAUUCUGCACAGUGUGCUGUUGUAUACUGCACAUUUUGACAAAUGUGGUAGGUCACCCAGGUAUACCAUGCAUACUGUACACAGUACACAUACUGCAAAGCUUGUGAGAACAUAGCUACACACACCUUUUCCACUUGGAAAAAUGAAGGGUACAUUUAAAUUCCAGGCCACACAAAAAGGUCUUUAAAUUUAACUUCAAAACCUGUAAUUUCCCUUUAAAGAAUCAAAACAACCAAUCACAGGCUAGCUUUACUGAUUAAUCCCUCCAAGUGAUAUAGUUAUCAAGCAACUAGAUAUGUUUUUUAUCUUUCAAUGCACUUAACCUCUAAGUUUUGAGCUUUUUAUUUCCUUUUUUUCUUGGAGAGAGAAGCGGAAGACCACUCUUAUGUGAACGCUUUGAUGAUAUCAGACCUGCAUGAAGAACCACUGCCAUGUUAACAGGAUUAAUUUGCUUCUUUUGUGUCAGACAGUAGUGAGAUUAGCAGGCAGGCUAGGAAUAAAGAGCAACCCAGGAGAUAACAUGUGUGUCGUCCGUAACGAUAACAAGGCAGAGAAAAAAAACCAGAUUACUCAACCGUUGUGAAUGAAAAGCUGGUACAAAAUCAGGCACAAAAUUUAUAUGAGCAUCUUUAUGAAUGACAUAUAGAUGCUUUGUUUAUUACAAGAACUUGGAUGCAAACUAUGUUCUUUUAUGAACUGCCAACAAGUGGCUUUCACAUAUAGCUUGACAGCCCUGAUGGGGGUGGUAACCAUGGUCCUGCAUCAUUGAAGGAAACUUCAACAUGACAUUUGACUUAAAGGUUAUGUGUGCAAUAUAUUUUUUAGGUUAAAAUACUUUCUCCUAUCCCAGCUUAGGGAAUCCCGACAUCAUAACACCGGCUCAAUUAAUGGCAUAAGUUUGGGUCGUGAAUAUUAGUUUGAUUGGCCAAUGGAAGACAGUUUGGAAAGCCUGUUUGAAAACACUCCCCUAUUCUUCCAUUGGUUAGAAACGAGGUUGAAAAUGUCAUUAUUUUUGCAAUUCCAUUCGGUGCCACUUGUUGCUCAGAAAUUACGUCUUCACCUUAUAAAUAAAAUAAAACCUCAUAUUUCAUUCAUAAACCAAUGGUUAUACUUGCAACAGUAUGAGAACAGGUACUAUGGUAUUUUACAAAGGACCAAUAAACCAUGUUCAUACAACCAACAACUUAAUUUACCACCAGCUCGAGCUAAUGUACAGAAUCCACAUGUAUAAGUAUCAGAUGAUUGUGCAUUGUUUUAACUUUGUUAAUUUUUUAAAUGGAAUGAGUUUGGCAUUGUUCAUCUUUGUAAAUAUCUGUAAUUUAACCCUUAAUCAUUUUCAGAAAAAUAAAUAAAUCUGUUUCUGCAGUGCACCAUUA